AUGGAAAAUACUAAUUAUAAUAAAAACUAUUUUGAUUCUGAUAGUGAAUUUGCAACCGAAAUAGAAAACUUUCCUAUUCUUAAUUUCGACAUUGACGCAUAUCAAGAUGUUAAGAAUAAAAUUUUGUAG